UUUAUCCUAAGAUGAAGCCUGCAAUCUUCUUAUUGUCUCUCGGUGUUUUCUCUAAAGUCUGCGCAGACGAUCAGUUUAUGAAGGAUCUAAAAAAUUUAAGGAAUAGAACUAUUUCUCAGAUGAACGGUAUCAUGAAUGAAUUAUUUUCUAGAAUUCACUUUGUAAUUCAAGAUGCGCGAAGACAAGGAAUAGGUGACGAUAUAAACGACUGUUAUAAAGAAUAUGAUGCUAUGUUGCAAUAUCAUCAAGGUAUAUUUAUGAAUUGCGUCCAGUGUUAUACUAAAGCCACUCAAAACAAGGAUAUACAGACUGCAGAAAAAUGCUUUAAUUUUAAUGUUGCUGCGUUACAAACACAGGCCAAUUUACGUCGUUUUAGUACGAACCGAUGCAUUACCAAAUAUCUUUCCUUUCUGGGUCAAAAGGACUAA